AUGGCACUCAUUCAACUUAUUUGCAUUCAAUUCAUACUCAUCAUUGUUUCGCAUCAAGUCUUGGCAAAUCCAACAAUCACUGAUUUAUCCGAUGCACUUGUAAACACUAAUCAAAAUGUAUAUCCAUCUCGUGCAUUAGUUUACGAUAAUCUUGAAGAAUAUUUAUCUAAUGCUGAUAGAGAUGAAAAUCUUCGACAACAACUCCUUAAUCGAUUUUCUAAACGACGAGCAAAAGCAAAUCUUGCUGGUUUAUGGGGUGUACCAACAAAAUUUGCUUAA